AGAUCUGAACUUUUGUUGUGUGCUUUUUUGCGACUUGGUUUCACCUUGUUGUUCCUUUAUCUGUAGCCUUUAAUUUUGUUAUUGCAAAUUUUAUAUCAAUAAUUUGGUGAUCUUCGUAAUUAUCUUCGUCUAAUUUUUCACUCCGCAAUUGUUUCUAAGAAUCUAAAAUCAGUUCUUUUUUGGUAUUAUUUUUCGUUGGCAUUGGUUUGAUAAAAUCGCAAAAAUAACCGAAGUUGGAGUAUGAUAUAACUUAAUUAGAGAGAUAGUUAGAUACAAGUUUCCAAGCAGCCGGAAAAAAAUAAAUUCAUCUUUUCUCCAAAAAAAAGAAGAAGUUUCCAGCAGACACGCAGCCGACGUGUGUGGAGCCCCUUCUUCUCUGCGGCGUAUUUUAGUAAAAUAAUUGGCGUUUACGUCACCAAUUUGGGACUGCUUACAAAAUGACAGAAUUGAUCCAAAAAAAAACAGAUGAAUGAAUAUUAAUACUUUUAGGUUCUGACAGAAAGAACCUAGAUUUUUAAAUAGAUAGAUUCUGCCGUUCAGGUGUGGGAAAGAGCCCCUUACGUUACCCAGCCUAACUUCUCUGAUGCGGAAACACUCCAUGAUGCCUUUCUGCUCAUGUCGAGAAUGGUGAGUCUCCCGCCCACAUGGGUGUCAACGUGCCUCACCUCCUGGCUUCUGUGGAAUAUAUGGACUGCUUGGAGCUUGCUAGUCUUCGAAAACAGACAGAUCCCGGCGACUACCGUGGUUUCCAAGGCAUGCUCUUCUGGUCGUGAAUGGUUACAGGCACAGGUGCCGACAUCCACACAAUUGCGAUCCGCUCUCUUAGAGUUCGAAAUCCCGCCAACACGAAUGGACGUGAUGCUCUGCAAUUCUGAUGCGGCGUGGUCGUCGGCAAACCACCGAGCGGGUCUAGGCUGGUGUUUCACGGAUCUACAAUCUACUGUCAUCCAGGAACAAUCCCGCGCACUGGCACAUAUCUCCUCCCCCCUCGUAGCGGAAGCGCUGGCUAUGAGGGAAGCAAUGCUGGAAGCUAAGCGCCUAUCUCUAACAAAAGUCUGGUUUCGAACCGACUCACGGGAGCUCGCUAGAGCUAUCUUCUCGAAGUCUUAUCCGGUGGAGCUCUUCGGGGUUCUCAUGGAUAUCGAGAUUCUAUCAUCAUCCUUUAUCUUUUGUUUUAUUUCCUUUGUUGGGCGAGAGUACAAUGUUGCAGCUGAUUCCCUAGCGAAAGCUGCACUCUCUUGUUCCUCCCCCGCCUUGUAUUGAACCCUCUUGGUUUAGAUAUAUUAAUGCAUUUCAGUUGACAAAAAAAAAAAGAUUCUGCCGUUCAAAAGAUAAGUUUAAUAUUUUAA